UUUUCCUUGGCGUAGUCAGUACAUGUCACAUUUAGUAAGACAUUCUCCGUGAUAUAGUGCGGAUAUAAUGGCAGCUCAAAUACGUCAUAUUAAGAACAUUUGGGAAGAGUGCAGUACUUUACCCAAUUGCAGUGAUAUACAGUGCGAUAAUUGUAAACAAGUCUUUAAAAAGAGAGGUGAACUAUAUGUAGAAGCACACUUGUUUCAUUCCCAUAAUACAUUUACUACGGAAGGCAACUUUAUAUGGAAAGCCGAAACCAAUGACUCGCCAUGGCGAUAUUUCACACACGAACGUCUCGAACAGAAGUAUACUCCGAAUUGCAUAAUUUGUGGAAAAGGUGUUCGUGUAUAUUAUAAGAGUCAUUUAGACAGCCAUCUGGAUAGACAUAUAAAAGCGCUUGAUAAAACACGAGAAGAAAUUAAUAGGUGUAGCGGACUAUCGCAACACUUCACAGUCGACACGGAAAAUUUUAAAACAAACUGCAAACAUUGCAGUUGGUUUAUUGAGACAUUUGAUGGAAGAAUGCACAAUUUAACACAGAUAUUAACAAUUCAUCAGGCUGAGUGUCCUAAUAUAAACGAGCACUCCGAGUCGGAUGGAGGAACUGGUCAUUAUAACGUAGAUGCAACAAUACAACAACCUGUAACUACAGAAAAUGAUGCGUCCACAAGUUUUCACAAUGAUAGACAUGAGCGAGUUUCUGAAAAUCAAGAAGAUCAGCAGAGAUAUGCUGGUAUGGCAACAAUACGACAACCUGUAACUGCAGAAAGUUAUGCGUCCACAAGUUUUCACAAUGAUAGACAUGGGCGAGGUUCUGAAAAUCAAGAAGAUCAGCAGAG